AUGACCAUGGAACAAGAGGAAAGCAACUCUGAAGGCGAUGAAAACAUAUCCGACAAGAUCAGUUCUCACGCAGCCGAGCUUUUGAGAAGUAACAAUGCCCAUGACAGGUUCUUGGAGAUGAGUUUCAAAAUGGAUGAUCUAAGACAACAGCAAGAAAUUGAAAGAAGACAUUUUGAAGGGAUGUACAAUUACAGCACACCUAGGAAACUAAACGAAACAAACAAAGAUCUUACUCAUAAACCCGAACUGAAUUCUCUUUCUUUAGAAAUCGCCUCCAGAUUGCCCACCACAUCAAAGGAACGACUCUUUUCGGGUGCUCCAAAAGCCCCAUCAUCACCCAGACUCUCUGAUGAUACACAUUAUACUUUCCGACCUCAGAUUAACAAAAAGUCGGAAGAAAUAGAGCUCAACAAGCAAAACAUUGGAUUCGAACAGCGACUGUAUGAAAUGUACAAAAAAACAUCCAAUGCCCAAAAGAAAAUUGAGGAGAAAAAGAAGGAACUUAUGGAAAAGGAGCUUGAAGGAUGCACAUUUACUCCUGAUGUUGCUAAAACCGUGAACAAAGUACAGGUAAAAGGAAAGAACAUUGAAGACAGAACCAUGAUAUGGGAAAUGAGGCGAAGACAGAAAUUGCUCAAAGGACGAAUGGAGACGGAAAACAAACAGAUGGAAGGUUGCACGUUUUCACCAAACACCCAACGAUUGAAAUUACCAUCUCCUAAAACCUCUGGGGAUCCACUUGGUUUUGAUGAGUAUUUGAGUAGACAGAGACAAGCGCGAGAGAAGAAGCUAGAACAAGAAAAGGUCUUUAAAACUGGCGACAAGUGGAAAAAUCAAAUUACCAUCCCAAGAGAAUUUUCAUUUGGUGCAAAGGACGGUAUUAAAAUCAAAGCCCUCCAAAAGCCAGUGACCAACGACCAAGCCAACAGAAAAACAAACCAUUUCAACUCAUCAAUGGACCAAGCAUCUGAACCAAUAAUGUACUUGGGGGAUGGCUCAUUAGAAUUUGAUGAAGACAACGAAAAUCUAAUCACAAAAAUCUCAAUUCAUCCAAAUGAUGUAUCUGAGAUGACAAACGAAUCGCGAUUACAAGAUAUUCCUCCACAAGGAUUAUUUUCAAGCAAAACCUCAAUUACCAUUCUGGAUGGAGGGAUGAACGACAGCAACAAUUUCAACUCUUCCAUGCAAGUUGAAAAAUUUGCACCAAUGACCUCCCUAAAACUAUCCAAAGAAUGGUUGAGAAGAAGUCAGCUCAAAGACGAGAAGCAGGAUUCAACAACCAGCCUAUAA